UCUCCUGCGAAUAUACUUCGCGGUGAAUGCGCCCCGGCCUUUAUGACGCGCUCCGCUCACGUUUGAGGAGAACCCCCUGACUUCAGGUAGACCACUGUAGUCCAGACAAAGGACACGCGCCAAUCCUCAAGUUAAUCGCUCGUGCCUUCAUGACGCGUCGAUCUGGAAUUCAGAAUGACUCUAUAGAACGCGUCUCGAUUCGAAUUCAGCUGGAACGCGAGAGAAAUGGAUAUCGGGAUUUUCGUUUCCUGCAGUUUUAGACCCUUGUAAUUAAAAUACUCGAUCUUCAUCACCAUAUUACGUCAAGGCGGAAUAAACGGACGGGCCGGGGCGCAACAAUCGGACGCUUUCAUUGAGAAGAAGAACAGCGAUAUUAUUCGAGCGAACGAAUUCGUGACUGUCCUUCGCGCAGAGAAGCCCGCGCUUUAAUCAUGCAGUUUCGGACAGUUUUGGAUGUCAAAGUCGUGGAUGUGGAGAAGAGGAGGCAUCCAUCCAAACAUUACGUGUAUCUCAUCAAUGUCACAUACUCUGACUCCACGUCCCACAUCAUCUACAGAAGAUACAGUAAAUUCUUUGACCUUCAGAUGCAGAUUCUCGACAAGUUCCCAAUCGAGGGAGGGCAGAAGGAUCCCAAAAAGAGGAUCAUCCCUUUUCUUCCAGGCAAAAUACUGUUCCGACGAAGUCAUGUAAGAGAUGUGGCCAUGAAAAGACUACGCUUUAUUGAUGACUAUUGCAGAGCACUGGUCCGGCUUCCGACCCAGAUCUCACAGAGUGAGGAAGUUCUGCGAUUCUUCGAGACCAAACCAGAUGAUAUCAACCCUCCUGUAGAGGAUUAUGGAUCCAAACGCAAGUCAGUUUGGAUGUAUGGCCUUCAGGACAGUCCAACCAAGUCUGAGGCCUCAGGACUGGACAGCAGUGAGCCCAUGGUGCUUGAGCAGUAUGUGGUGGUGGCCAACUACGAACGCCAGGAGAACUCUGAAAUCAGCCUGAAAGCUGGAGAAACGGUAGACGUGAUCGAGAAGAGCGAAAGCGGCUGGUGGUUUGUCAGCACAGCUGAAGAACAGGGCUGGGUUCCUGCAACGUACCUGGACUCUCAGAGUGGCACCAGAGAUGAUCUGGACCUGGGAACAUCUAGAUCAGGAGAAGUUACUAAGAGACGUAAGGCUCAUCUGAAGAGGCUGGACCGCAGAUGGACACUAGGGGGAAUAGUCAACCGUCAACAGAGUCGAGAGGAGAAAUAUGUCACUGUUCAAGCGUAUGCCAGUCAGGGGAAGGAUGAGAUCGGGUUCGAGAAAGGAGUAACCGUGGAGGUGAUCCAGAAGAACCUGGAGGGUUGGUGGUACAUCAGGUAUCAGGGUAAGGAGGGCUGGGCCCCAGCCUCAUACCUGAAGAAACUCAAAGAUGACCUUUCCCCAAGGAAGAAGACUCUGUCUGGUCCUGUGGAGAUCAUCGGAAACAUAAUGGAGAUCAGUAAUCUCCUCAACAAGAAGGCUGUUAGCGAGAAGGACAUUCUGACCGAUGGAGAGCCAACAACCCCUGAGCGCCACAUUUCCAAGAGUGAGAUCAGUCUACCUAUCCCAUAUGCCCCAGAGGCUGGAGUGGCACCCGCAGUCAGCACUGGGCUUGGUAUGGGGUCUGGAUCUAGCGCCGCCCUGCAGGAGAACAAGAGCAAGGCAGAGCCAGGGUCACCUGCUAUAGCCCGAGUAGCACCACACAGAGUCGAGAUAGGCUCUCCAAACCUUAGGCAGAAACCUCCUCCUCGAAGAGAGACAAAUCUGGCUUUCCAGAUGCCCAAACCUCCAGAGCCCCCUACUGUAGAAGCGGAGUACUACACCAUAGCAGAGUUUCAAUCCAGUAUCUCAGAUGGCAUCAGCUUCCGUGGAGGACAAAAGGCUGAUGUCAUAGAGAAGAAUUCUGGUGGAUGGUGGUAUGUCCAGAUCGGGGAAAUGGAGGGUUGGGCACCCUGCUCCUAUAUUGAUAAACGCAAGAAGCCCAACCUGAGCCGGCGAACCAGCACGCUCACCCGCCCCAAAGUUCCACCACCUGCUCCACCAGUCAAAAAGGAUCCAGAGGAAUCAUCUUCUCUGGGCGGCUCAGCCUCCAAAGUGCCAGAAUCCCCCAGUCAGCGUGUCUACGAAGAGCCGGAAUAUGACAUUCCCGCCCUUGGCUUUGAGGAUUUGGACUCCAAAGGUUCUCCAAAACCAGAACCUCGAAAAUUUGAAAUCAAAAGCAAUCCAUUGGCUGCCGAGAGAAUCGCACAGGCCGGCAAAGCAUCACCUUUAUUAAAGGUAAUGACCUCUCCCUUGAGGAAAAGAAACUCGAUGGAGAAUAUCAAUAAGGAGGAGGUAAUUUAUGAGAAUGAAGGCUUCAGGUACUCCUCCGAUGACUUUGUGUCUCCUAGAGACUCCAGUGGUUGCGAUUCAGACACCCAAAGGAGUCUCACUUUGGGUCAUAAACCUCUCAGCUCCUCUUCCUCUCAUGGAGGAGCGAGGUCCCUCCGCAAGGUAACCCCGGAUAUAAAUCGAAGUCAUUCACUUGGUCGUGCAGAGAGACACAGUCCCAGGUCGUCAUCAAGCGAAUCAGGUCGUAAUCCCAAAAGAGAACCAGUCAUGCGUAAAGACGUAGAAAUUCGGAUCGGUCAGAGUCCCUUGGCCAGGCCCAAACCAGUGGUGCGCCCCAAACCUCUCCUUACAAAGUCAGAGCCACAAAGUCCGGAAAGAAUGGACAUCAGCAGUUUACGCCGGCAGCUGCGUCCCACAGGCAGUCUCCGGCAAGGACCGGUCCGUGCGGUACGUGGUGGUGAGGAUUCCGAGACGGCUUCAAUUGUGUCCUCUGAGGACUCCAUUUCCACAAGGAGCACCUCGGAUCUCUCAAGCGUAUAUUCCAAGGGCAGCCGAGGUGGGGAAUCAGACCACGAGAGUGCAUUCUACAGAACCACAGAUGCCUAUGAACGAGCCCAGGAGUCAGAGCUCAGCUUCCCGGCUGGUGUCGAGGUGGAGGUGCUGGAAAAACAGGAAAGUGGAUGGUGGUUUGUUCGUUGGGGUGAAGAAGAGGGUUGGGUACCUACUUUCUACCUGGAGUCAGUCAGACAUCCCAAUGAUGUAGUUGUUCAAGAGGUCCGUGAUUGUCCUCUUGUUGAUCUCUGUGGCACCAACAAGUCCAACAGCCUUGAGAAGAAUGAGCAACGUGUUCAGGCCCUCAACAACCUCAACCAGCAGAACCUGAGAAGCUUGAGCAACCCUAGUCCACCAAUCCCAUCCAAACCACCCGGGGGCUUUGGUAAACCUCCCGCAAUGCUGAAUGGCUCAGGCAUACGGAUGAGGAAUGGCAUUCGACAGGCAGCGGUGCGACCACAGUCUGUCUUUGUUUCUCCACCACAGCCUUUGAAGGACACCAACAUCCAUACUGGAUCUUUGAGAAGAAAUGAAUCGCUGGGAGCAGGUGACCACUUGAAGUCCGGAGGUGGCGUUCGGCGAAACUCGUCCUUCACUGCUGUUCGGGCGCAGCCGGUGAGCGAUGUGCGGGUGAGGGCUGGGACCACCAUUACAGCACCCGUUGGAAGUCAAAGCCCCUUGAUUGCCCAGAGAAAUGGAAUUCCAGUCUCUACAGUAAGACCCAAGCCCAUUGAGAAGACACACCUCAUUCACAACAAUCUUCGAGAGGUUUACGUUUCCAUCGCUGAUUACCGCGGGGACGAAGAGACCAUGGGUUUCUCAGAAGGCACUAGUCUUGAAGUUUUAGAAAAGAAUCCAAAUGGAUGGUGGUACUGCCAGGUUGUAGAUGGCUUACAUGGACGUAAAGGCUGGGUGCCAUCUAACUACCUGGAGAGGAAAAAAUAACUCUCCAAAAAUGUUCUAAAAAUGCACAAUUGUAAUCAAAAUGUAUGAAGAAGAACUGUCUGGAGGACUGUGCUUUUAAUUUUAAAUGAGAGGGACAGAGCCUUUCAGGGGUUUACAUUAAAACUAAAGUAAUGCAGGUGAAUGUCUAGCAAAAUACCUGCCAUAAUUUUAUGCCAAAUGGGUGCCUUCGUCCAUCAUUCACUGAAUGUUAAGAGGAAUCAGUAAAUACCAGUAUACCAACAUGAAAACCAAACGUCUUGGUGCCAUAGGCCUACGAGUGCAGAAAUCACCAAACUUAUUUUUGUUACAAUGUUAAAAAGAUAAUUUCCGCAUAGGAGUGUAAGAAUACGUGCAAAUCUAAUAUUUAGCACUCAAAACCCAGAAACAGAAUGUCAACAAAAAUCUGAACAGAAAUACCAACAAAAUCAAAUGUUAUCUGCAAUUGAGCGAAACCAAGCAUAACUUUGAUUCUUUUUUUUUAAACUAAAUGUUUUGUUUUUUGAAAAAAUGUGUCUGAUGUUUUAUAUUUUCCUUAGAGAUGUAUUUCUGCUUUCUUGUAACAUCCUAACAAAAUCAAACAAUUUCAGGACACCAUUAUUUACGUCUCUUUGACUUCCCCGUUCUUUAAAUCAGCAGCAGUCCCAAAUUCAAUAGAACAUAUUAAAGGAAAACAGUCUGUGAAAGCAACAUGCGUCUAUGCAUAGACCACCUCAUUCCCCACCUCAUUACUGGGUUUACGCCCAAGUUUAGUUUACAAAGUGAAUCUGGUCCUACUGUUUCUGGUCAUAUUCAGGGUAGACGGCUUCAGAGGACAGGACUUUAGAUUUUGCUGCUCUAUGUGUGCUAUAUUGGCUGUGUUUGCAGUGAUAAUUCAUAAAUCAGGACUGGAAAAUAUUACGUUUUGUUCAGCAUUUAAUCCCAGGGAAGUAGUAACAUAACAUUGAGCCCAAAAUGUGAUAACACCAAAGAAGAAAACCGACACGUUUGCUAGUUUGUUUUAGAAUUAGUAUUUAUUUUAUGGGUACAAAGAAAUACAGUGUAUUCAGAAAAACCUAAACGAGGUUUCAAAACUGAGAUCAAAGUAUAUUUAAUUGUUUUAUCUGGAAGCACUUGAUUUUUUUAACCCAAAGAAAAGCACAUUAAUAUGCAAGGUUAAUUCAUACAUUACGAUAUUGCUGGGCAGUAUUGAAUUUGAAAUUUAAAGAUAACACAAGCAGUUUAAAAGCAAAGAGUUUACUUCUGUAAUUUAAAGAAUAGUAUUUCUUGCUAUCUUAGUCCAUAGUCCAAACUUUGAUUUGUCUUCAUUACGUCCCCCUUCAGUUGCGAUUGAUUCAAUUAAAUAAUGUUCAUUGAAAAUUGUACCAAUCGUGUGAUGUUCAAGACUGCUGAAAUAUUUUUCUAAUGAAAAGUGUGAGCUCUUAAAUGGGUUUAACACUACGUUUAUGUUAUUUCAUUUCUGCUGGACAGUAUUAUAGUGUUAAACAGUUUAAACAUUAAUUACCUGCUAGAUUGCAGUUAUAUUCCAUUAAGCAGAUUUGUCUAUUUUGUCUUGUUUUGUUUGUUGUUGUGUGAUCACACAUGGACUACAAUGAUGAUUGAGGUGGGUCAGUUGUUGUAAAUCAAUGCAUUUAAGCUUUUAAAAGCAAGAAUGCAUUGGUUUAAAAAUGCAGUGUGCUUCAUCAGCAUAUAAUUUAUUUAACAAAAUUUGUCCUUUUUAAGUUUUUAUAUAUUUUUUGGGUACUUUUGUCUUGCAAACAUGUCACAUGUUAUAUAGUUAUAGGACGCUUUCUCUAAAAAAAAAAAACGUUUCUUUUGGUAACACAAAUUGGCUACUGCUAUAUUCCAAGCUUUUAUUCUACCAAGCAAUAAUUUUUGCCUCUGAUUUGGGACAACAUUAAUUGCAGUAGAUAUAUCUGGAAAUCACAAACUAAGUUUUAUAUAUUCAGCCUAAAAAAAAAUCUUUUUCCCAAAUUAUUUUUAUCAAGAAUUUGUUUUUCCCCCAGGCUGAAUGCUGCACCUUUAGCAACUGGACUCUUCCUUUCUCGUUAUUGAGCCACAUAUAAUGCCUGAUUUGUAAUCAUUAUAUAUAUAUAUAUAUAUAUAUAUAUAUAUAUAUAUA